AUGGCCUCUAAAGAUUCCCAGAACCAAAAGCCUAGAGGUCUGCCUGGUUUCUUUCCUCGAGCUACAAACCCAGAUCAAAACUCUCAAGAGGCUUCUUCCAAUCCCAGGAAACAAGCAAGGAGGCAGCCGGAUGUCUCUCAGCCAAGCAGUUUCCUGCCAACAGCCACUCUCCCCCCUGGUCUGGAGUAUUUAAGCCAGCUGGACCUGAUAAUCAUCCAUCAGCAGGUGGAACUUCUUGGGAUGAUACUCGGCACUGAGACCUCCAACAAAUAUGAGAUCAAAAACAGCUUGGGACAAAGAAUUUACUUUGCAGUGGAAGAAAGCAUCUGUUUUAAUCGUAAUGUGUGUUCCACACUGCGAGCCUGCGCCCUGAGGAUCACAGACAACUCGGGUCGAGAGGUGAUUACAGUGAACAGGCCCCUAAGGUGUAACAGCUGCUGGUGUCCUUGCUACCUCCAAGAGCUAGAAAUCCAAGCCCCUCCUGGUACUAUAGUUGGUUAUGUUGCACAGAAGUGGGACCCCUUUCAGCCCAAAUUCACAAUCCAAAAUGCGAACAAAGAAGAUAUUUUGAAAAUCAUUGGUCCUUGUGCAACCUGUGGCUGUUUUGGCGAUGUGGACUUUGAGGUGAAAACUAUUGAUGAGAAGGUUACAAUUGGGAAGAUCUCCAAGUACUGGUCGGGAUUUGUCAAUGAUGUGUUCACAAAUGCUGACAACUUUGGGAUCCAUGUUCCUGCAGAUCUCGACGUGACACUCAAAGCAGCAAUGAUGGGUGCUUGCUUUCUCUUUGAUUUUAUGUUCUUUGAACACUCGCUUGCUGGAUUAUAA